CUGCAUUGUUUGCCUUUUCCAGGCCCAGAUCACCAUGAAGGUGAUCCAGGGGCUGUACAGCGGAGUCACGACCGUGGAGCUGGAUACCCUGGCUGCUGAGACAGCCGCAACCCUGACCACCAAGCACCCUGACUAUGCGAUAUUGGCAGCGAGGAUUGCAGUGUCCAACCUGCACAAAGAAACUAAGAAAGUGUUCAGUGAUGUGAUGGAUGAUCUCUACAACUACAUCAACCCUCACAAUGGGAAGCACUCGCCAAUGAUCUCCAAGGAAACACUCGACAUAGUUUUGGCCAACAAGGACCGCCUGAAUUCUGCAAUUAUCUAUGACAGAGACUUCUCCUACAACUAUUUUGGCUUUAAGGUAAGAGCACAUUACUCACUUUGCUCAAGAUAA